AUUACUAUGUAUAACUUUGUAGCUAUGUAAAAGAAAUUUUAUUUUAAUGAUCCCCAAGAAUUUACUGGUGUUUAGAAAUAAAGACACAAAAAUUUAAGGACUGCAACAAUGUCUUCUUCAUUGCGAGUUGGAGUUGUACCACAGCGAUUGCCAGGAACAUUAUGGGAAGAAUUUUGCACUGAAUGUGGCACUAUGGCCGCAAUAGAAUUUGCACGAAAAUCUGCUGGGUUUGUUUCACAAAAUGAGGUUUAUAAUAGUAGUACAUUUUUUAACAAGGCUCCACGAAAAUUUGUAGAUACGUUUUAUGUUGAAUAUGAACGCGAAUUGCAACGUAUUGCUCAGGAAACUGAGGAACGAGCAAAAAGGGAAAAUGCGCAGAACAAGAAAGCAAGUAAUAGAAAACUGUCUCUUCGUGUCAAAAACAUGUUUAAAAGAACUGCAGCAAUUGAUAAAGAGAAUAAAGAACCCAACCAAAAUGGCCAUGUUGAGGCAGGGAAACCAGUAAACCCUGUAGAAACAUUAACUGAUAAAAACAGUGCUGGUCACGACAUUGUAAAAGAAGGAUUGAUGCAUGAGCUGGCUAAUAUUGAGGGUCGAGGUGAUGAUGGUUUAACAUGGCAAAAAUGCAGAUUGGUUAUGUCAAAAGCUCCAGGUGGAUUUAUGCUAGAGUUUUAUGUCCCCCCAAAGGCUUCAAAACCGAGAACUGGAGUAUUUUGUUUUUUAAUCCACGAAGCGAGGAAGGCAUCUCUUUUGGAAAUGCCAGACUCUGACUGUGUUUUUAUCAUAAAGGCUGUUAACAACAAAGAAUAUAUGCUCGCAGCUUCUUAUGAAGAAGAGAUGAAUGAGUGGCUUCAACUUAUACAUAAAUGCAUGGAAGAAGAUUCAUCUGCUCCUAACACACCAAAUAAUCCAGCCCCCGAUCCUUCACCAGCAUUUUCAUUUGACAGCAAAAAAAUUCAACAAUCACUGAUACAAUUUGAAGAGCAAGAAACUACUGCAAACAACACAACUGCAUCUAACCAAAGAAUGAAAAUUUCACGACAACUAUCUGAACCUCUGGCAGUACAAAGAGUAGCGCUUACAUCACCUACUUGCAGUGCUGAUUUGACCGAUCCGAACUUAAUGAUCGUCCAAACUCCGCCUGAGGUUGUUGAAGAAGAAGAUGAAGGUGUAAUUUCGCCUAGUUUUGAAAACCGUGAAACAGCUUUUGAUAAUACUCCCACAGAGACAGACGAUGGAACAAUUUCUUCAUUGGACUGGACGAAUAUAUCAAAUGAAGAUCAUCCAUUAAGCGUCUAUCCGUGGUUUCAUGGUACAAUUACACGAAUACAAGCAUCAAUGUUGGUGCUUAAUGGUGGUCAAUCGUGGGAUGGCGUCUUCUUAAUUCGUCAAAGUGAAACACGUCGUGGUGAAUAUGUGCUAACGUUUAAUUUGCAAGCUCGAUCGAAGCAUUUACGGUUAUCACUGAAUCCAGAAGGGAAUUGUCGCGUGCAACAUUUAAAUUUUCAAAGCAUCUUCGAUAUGCUGGAGCAUUUCCGUACUCAUCCCAUACCUUUAGAGAACGCCGCUGCAGGGGAUGUUUUCUUAACAAACUUUGUUGUCUGCGAUGAAGUGUUACCGGAAACGGUGAGACCAAAUCCGGAAGAGAUUAGUCGAAUGCGCAGAGCAAACACUAUAAAUACUGGUGCAAUGAGUAGAAUUGCCCAAAAUGCGAGAAUACAAACUGGUUCAGUAAGACAACCUCGCAGUGAUACAGACAACAGACCGAAGGCUGUGAGCAAUCAAUACGCUAUGAUUUAGUAUAGCACAGCAAGAAGAAACGUUUACAUUAUGCUUUCAUUAUGCGUACCUUUGAUAAUGCAGAAAUGUGUAUCUAAUUUCCGUCUUACGGUCUGAAUAGUGGUGCGAUUUAAAGCACUGAAUUUAUGUCUUUCCAAUAUAAAUUCAACCCCAUAGAAGCAGAAAUGACCCCAUAUGGUAGUUGCGUACCAUUUCGUUUAAAAAUGGCAAUUCUUUGAAGUUUUGUAUCUUUGUAAUUGUAAUUUUAUUUUUUUAGUGCUGCAUGUUUGUGUUGAUUCCGGCCCUAUGUUCUAAAAAUAUUUCUUAAAUCCGAAUCUUGUGUUUUAACAACUUUUGUGUAACAACCAUGGAAAUCUAAAUUUGCCGCUAUUACUAUUUUUAAAUUUUAUCUUUUUGUUUUUCAAAAUGCAUUGAACAAACUUUUAUUUUUUAAUCAUAUCUCUUUUUUACUAUUUUUUAUCAAAAUUGUGACCGGAUUUUGCCCCAGUGCUUUUAACAAUGACACGGUAACCGAACUGUAACACUUGUGAUAACCAACCUCGUUUCCAUCUCUUUUAUUUCACCCAAGUCACCGGCAUAGGAAAGGCAAAAAAGAAAGACCGGAGAAGAAGAUUGUUGUUCUUUCCUGUUUUAAAACGGAGCAGCCUUUAUACUAAUACGGGUUUUAAUAAGAAAUAAGACGUGCGUCACACACAGUUUUUCUAAUCUUAAUUUCUUUUGACUUUACUAGGAGACCUGACUCUGUUAGAGAUGAAGUAUCCGUGCAGUUAGCUUAAAAUUAUUUUCUCGCCUGUUAACAUGGAUCUUAUAAAAUGUGUUUUGUUUAGAGUUUAGAUCGAUAGAUUGUAGAUAGGAAUAUGUAUAUUAAAAAUAAUUUUUAACGGAAUUGAUAUUCCAUUUACAUAA